GGGUGCUGGUGUGUAUGUGUGUAAGCCUUCCCGGAUAGAGUUAAGUCGCCAUCUUUAGACCAGACCUACCGGUAGAGUGAGAGCUCCAAGCCGCCGCCGCUGCUCCACAAACCGCCGCCAGAGCCUCACACACCCGCCCAGCCUCGCUCCAGUACCGCCUGUCCCCAACGCCCAGCGCCAUGGCAGACCGAGAGCACUUUGUAUAUCAGGCGAAGCUCGCCGAGCAAGCGGAGAGAUACGACGAAAUGGUGGAGUCCAUGAAAAGCGUGGCGGGGAAGGACGUAGAGCUGACCGUUGAGGAGAGGAACCUGCUGUCUGUGGCCUAUAAGAACGUGAUUGGUGCACGAAGAGCCUCCUGGAGGAUAAUCAGCAGCAUCGAACAGAAGGAGGAGAGCAAAGGAGGAGAAGACAAACUCAAAAUGAUCCGGGAAUACAGACAAACGGUCGAGAAAGAGCUGAAAUCAAUCUGUAACGACAUUCUGGAUGUACUGGACAAACACCUCAUUCCUGCAGCCAACACAGGAGAGUCGAAGGUUUUCUACUACAAAAUGAAGGGUGACUACCACAGGUACCUGGCAGAGUUCGCCACGGGCAACGACAGGAAGGAAGCAGCAGAGAACAGUUUGGUAGCGUACAAAGCAGCCAGCGACAUCGCCAUGAUUGAACUGCCGCCCACGCACCCAAUCCGCCUGGGCCUGGCCCUCAACUUCUCCGUCUUCUACUACGAAAUCCUCAACUCCCCGGACCGCGCCUGCAGGUUGGCGAAGGCAGCGUUUGAUGAUGCGAUAGCAGAACUGGACACACUCAGUGAGGAGAGCUAUAAGGACUCCACACUCAUCAUGCAGUUGCUACGUGACAACCUGACACUAUGGACUUCAGACAUGCAGGGAGACGGUGAAGAACAGAAUAAAGAAGCACUGCAAGAUGUUGAAGAUGAGAACCAGUGAGACAUCACAGCCAACAUGAAUCUCUCUCUCUCUCUGUAUCGCUCUCUCUCUCUCUUUCUGUAUCUCUCUCUCUCUCUUUAUCUCUCUCUCUCUCUCUCUCUCUCUCUCUCUCUAUCUCUCUCUCUCUCUCUCUCUCUCUCUCUCUCUCUCUCUCUCUCUUUAUCGCUCUCUCUCUCUCUCUCUUUAUCGCUCUCUCUCUCUCUCUCUUUAUCGCUCUCGCUCUCUCUCUCUCACUCUCUUUAUCUCUCUCUGUCUCUAUCGUAUAUAUCCCUUUUGUCUCUGCCCCCCUCAGGUGUCCAUGGUGUCACAGAAAGAGCUCCGAAGCCACUCUCUUCUUUGGGGCUUGCUCGCUCACUCUUUCUUUCAGUCAUUCUCUCGCUCUCUUUGUCUGGUAUGUCUCUGUCCAGCUUUGUGCUCUUUUGGGUUAUGCCCUGGGCAUUUUUAAAUGUUGUUUUCCCUUUUUCUUUCCCUUUUUCUUUCCCUUUUUCUUUCUCCACCUUUGACUUGGCUCAGUCAGAUCUACAUGUGAAUUUAUCCACCAGAGAGAACAGGUGUUGCAGAGAAUUUCCCCCUCGGUUCCCUACCUGUCGCAAUGCUUCCCGGAGAGUCUUGUGUGCAUACGGGCUUUAUUUUAUAUCUCGCUUUGCUUUUAACUCAGCCUGCCAUGGCGGUACAGUAUCGCUUGCCAGAUUGAACUCGCUGUUGUGUGAUUAUUUCUUCUGUAAUCGUGUGUCGCCUGCUGUCACAUCAGUUGUAAAUCUCAGCUGUCUCUUCUGGAAGAGGAAUCCUGGAAAGGGCCUUUAUUCUUCUGCUUGUUUUUAAAGGGAUGGAUUUAGUUUUGUUUGUUUUUUAAGUGCCCUCUGUCUCUUACUGGCCUGCUGUGUGGCUUUAAAAGCAGGUUUAGGCUCUCAGAUGCAUCAUGAACUUCUCAAUGCCUUGAACGCAUUCCCAGCGUCCUGUGGGUUUGUGCUCAUAGCCCUCUAUGCAUAAUCUUACCAGAACAUUGCUCCAGCGUUAUAUAUAAACUCGUCGUCCUCCAUCUCUUAUCUAUUUUUAGUGAAUGGCUUGCAGUAUUUCGCUUUGUUAGAGGAAAUAAAACAAACGGGGGGGGGGUCUUCAGUGCUCUGAGCAAGAAAGCAUUAUUGGUGUGUUUUUGGGUGGUUUUUCCCCCUCAAAUGAAAAACGAAAUCUGUUUUUCCUUCAUUUUUUUUUUUUUUAAAAAAAAAGCGUCAUGUUGUUCAUUUGGAUUCUUUGCCCUCUGCUUUGCCUCUCUUGGUCCCGCCUUCUCGCUUGCUUUCUAGGUCUGUCCUCCUUUCUCUCUCUCUCUCUCUCUCUCUCUCUCUCUCUCUCUCUCUCUCUCUCUCUCUCUCUCUCUCUCUCUCUCUCUCUCUCUCUCUCUCUCUCUCUCUCUCUCUCUCUCUCUCUCUCUCUCUCUCUCUCUCUCUCUCUCUCUCUCUCUCUCUCUCUCUCUCUCUCUCUCUCUCUCUCAUCCGUUCAGUAUGUGUAACUUGAAUCUGAUUUGUACUACUGGAUAUUCUGACCGGAGCCAACAAGCACCGUCUGUAUUCUUACUGAAACACAGCAUGGGAUUAACUUUAACCUUCAAAUAAAAAACAAACCUAAAUUAAAAA